CUCGAGCAAGCAUGUGAGGAUCUGCACGUAGCAUGCACACAGACUUUUUAGAAAUCCAGCCCUAACCAGCAGAUGGCCAACCGAGCAGUGAAACAUCACAGAUAGGACGAACCACCGGGAUUCAUCUUCUUCUUCCCUUCAGCAGAGUCAGUCUGAGCUGAGACUUCAGAGGAGCUGCGGACACACUACUACUACAGGAUGCUCUGGAUUAGGAUGGAGCUGCCAUGUUGGUGUUUAUUGUUGCUGAGCUGCCUGCAGUCAUUGUCAGCCCACAAUGAUUUCUUCACCUCUAUAGGCCAGAUGACAGAUCUGUUAUACACAGAAAAAGACCUUGUCACCUCUCUGAAAGACUACAUCAAAGCAGAGGAGAGCAAACUGGAGCAGGUCAAACGGUGGGCUGAUAAAUUGGAUUCAUUGACAGCCACAGCCACACAGGACCCCGAAGGCUUCCUCGGGCACCCAGUGAAUGCCUUCAAACUAAUGAAGAGGCUGAACACAGAGUGGGGCAACCUGGAGAGCCUUGUGCUUAGUGACACCACUGACGGAUUUAUUUCCAACCUCACAAUCCAGAGACAGCACUUCCCCACAGAUGAGGAUCAGACCGGGGCUGCUAAAGCUCUCCUCCGGUUACAAGACACGUACAGACUGGAUGCCAACACCAUCUCUACAGGAAACCUGCCCGGAGUGAAACACAAGAGCCAUAUGACAGUGGAGGACUGCUAUGAGCUGGGGAAAAUCGCCUACUCUGAGGUCGAUUACUACCACACAGAGCUGUGGAUGGCCCAGGCCCUGAAACAGCUGGAUGACGGAGAGGAGUCCACUUUAGAUAAGGUGACGGUGCUGGACUACCUCAGCUAUGCCAUCUACCAGCAGGGAGAGAUAGAACGGGCGCUGGAGUACACCAAGAGGUUGCUUGAACUGGACCCAGAGCACCAGCGCGCCAAGGGCAACCUGAAAUACUUUGAGUUCCAGUUGGAGAAGCAGAAAAAGGCUGCCGACGCCGAAACUGAAAAACAGAAGGAGCAAGGGACAACAAACACAACCGAGAAGAAGAAGGUGAAGAAGAGGUCCCCAAAGACUUUCUCUCUCAUCCCAGAGAGGAAGAAGUAUGAGAUGCUUUGUCGUGGCGAAGGAAUCCGAAUGACACCACGCAGGCAGAGCCGGCUGUUCUGUCGGUACUAUGACAGCAAUCGUAACCCCAAAUAUGUGCUGGGUCCUGUCAAACAGCAAGAUGAGUGGGACCGGCCCUACAUCGUUCGAUACCUCGACAUCAUCUCUGACGCAGAAAUGGAGAGAAUCAAGCAACUGGCAAAACCACGACUACGCAGGGCAACCAUCUCCAACCCCGUCACAGGAGUACUGGAGACAGCUUCUUACAGGAUCAGCAAAAGGCGAGCCACGGUGCAUGACCCCCAAACUGGGAAACUUACCACAGCCCAGUACAGAGUCUCCAAGAGUGCUUGGCUCACUGGCUAUGACGAUCCAAUGAUUGACACGAUCAACCAGAGGAUUGAAGAUCUCACAGGGCUGGAAAUGGACACUGCAGAAGAGUUGCAGAUUGCGAACUAUGGUGUUGGGGGGCAAUACGAACCUCACUUUGACUUCGGAAGGAAAGAUGAGCCAGAUGCCUUUAAAGAGCUGGGCACUGGAAACCGCAUAGCAACAUGGCUCUUCUAUAUGAGCAACGUGUCAGCAGGUGGAGCCACAGUAUUUCCAGAUGUUGGUGCUGCAGUUUGGCCUCAGAAGGGUACAGCAGUGUUCUGGUACAAUCUGUUUGCUAGUGGGGAGGGAGACUACAGUACCCGACAUGCAGCCUGCCCAGUGCUGGUGGGCAACAAGUGGGUAUCAAAUAAGUGGAUCCAUGAACGAGGCCAGGAGUGGCGGCGACCUUGUGGCUUAAGUGAAGCCGAAUGAUGAAAAGCGACAGCCUCAAUAUUACCUCCCUGCCCUUGAUUCCCCUUCCUUGUGAACCACCGUGGACCAAAGAACACUACUGCAGAUCACUGAUGACACACGUGGAUGCAUGGGGUCCAAGUUGCUCACGCCCGUUUCACAAGCACUCCAGAAUCAAAGAGAUUGAUUUAAUGUCGAGCCCGUGGACAGCAGUUACCGUCACUGUGACAGAUGACAUGUACUUAAGGUCGUUGGAUAAUUUUGAGAAACUCUCGAGCCCCUUUUCGCUCCCAUGUGUCUUUCUUUGCACUCCGAAUGAACUCUAGCUCUGUGGUGAUGUUAUCCUUCAGUACUUACUGUAGGGAGCAGCUUCCUUCUUCUUCAGUUUGAACCUUAAAGGGACAAUUUGCAUUUUUUAGUCAGUCUGUGUGAUUCAUUGUAUUCAUUUCAUUCGCUGAGCACUUGGGCCUUGCAGUUUUUUGAAAAAAGGAGAGGAUCCUUUUAAUAUUUAAAACCAGAGCUGCAAACUCUUUGUUUGUUAAAAUUACAUUCACCACAUUUAGAGUUCAGUUUUUUUCCCCUAAAUGGACUGAUUGUUCUGUUGGGAUUUCCUCUGGUGAAUGACUUUACAAAGAAUUGGAGGUAGUGGGCUUGCUGAAUUUCUCUCUUUUUCCUUAUUUACAUACAGCAGUGAUUUUGGCUUACAGUCACUAUAUAUUAAAGAAAAAGGCUGACUAAAGAAUUGUAAAGUCUGACCACAGUCCAGUGUAUGAACACUUCACUCACUGUAAGUUGUGUAACUAAUCAGAAGUGAUUAAAGUUGCAUGCUUUAGCUACAUUUAUGCAGUACAGUAACGCGUUUGACACUCUUCGAGCUUGAACAUGUUGAGUAAAUUUUGGUAAAUUUGACUUUAAGUGAUUCUCACACCUUUGUGUUAGGAAAUACAUGAGCAAAAGCAACAAAGGAGCAAUAGAACAUUACAUUUCAGCACUAAAUACAGUAUGUUUUCCCUUACCGGUUCGAUUCUGGUAGGUUUGUAAGAAUGUCCAUGCUGACCAGUGCUUUCAGUGUUUAGAAUAUGUGGGUUUUUCCAAGGAAGAUGCAUUUUAUUUAUAUUCCCCCCCACCCCCAAGCCAGUUUUUCUGUUGUUUUGUGUCCUAAAUGAAAGUUCCUCUUUUUUUGUAAUAAUAAAGAUUGUUUUAUUGUUUUGAA